AUGGAGAUAGCCUUGCUACGCAAGGCGGGUGCUCCGGUCAACUUACCAUCAUCUCUGCUAGGGCAGAGUAAAACAAAGAAGAACGAUAAAAAAAUAAUUACUUUCCAACGUGAUGUACCAAACGAUCCAGGGAAAAGACAGUUUUUACCAGACUUCAGCUACGACAGUGUUUUAAUAUUACAUCCCGAACUUUCCUCACCGGAUUCUUCAUUUGAGGAAAACAUGGAACAUUUACUCAAUAAAGAAAUGCAAGUGAUACAUCAUUUGAACAAUCCCAUUAACCAACAAAAACACGAAAGAAAUUUACUGAAAAAACCUGAUGCAUUUCAAAGAAAUGGAGGACCUAAUCGAUUUACAUACCAGGAUAAUGACCCUGAUGAACAUACAAAGGCCUUUUUGGAAUACCAAAAGUUUCUAAGAAGAGAGAGAGAAAAAGCUGAGAGGAUAUAUGAGAAUGGAAAACAAGAAAAUUACAAUGGAUCCAUGGAUAAUGAUUCUAAGAUGCAAAAGAAGCAAAAAGUUAUUAUAGAUCUAGAGAAGUUUUUAAAAGAUUUUAAUCUAGAAAAAAUGAUGGAUAACAACAGAGAUAGAAAGGAAAAUUUGAAACUUUCAAAUAAUAAUGACAACGGUAACUUUGACAAAGCAAACAACACAAAUAACUAUCAAGACCUAGUUCAGAAAUAUUUUCAUCCAGUUCCUCCAAAUCAUCCUAAAGUUCAUCAGCAGAAAAGAAAAAAGAAAAUACAUCGUAAAGAGCAAGAAGAAGAUGAGUUAGAUAAACGGAACAUUCAUCCAUCGGAGCAAUAUAAAAAUAAAAUGAAAUUACAGACGAUUAAGACUUCAGACAAAGCAAAAACUUUUAUAGAUGCACAGUUCUCCAGCAGAGAUGAGGUUUUGAAUCAGAUUGUAGAAUUCUCGAAACUUUUACCCAAUUGUCUUGAAAUAAUGAAUAAACUGUUUAAUGAUUUGGAAAUAAAAACGCAGAAUUCAAAAGACCAAAAAGAUAAUUCUCAUUUUAUUUCUCAUCCGUUAAAAAUUCCAGAUUCUUUUCCUGCAGUUCUGAAUGAAGAGUGUGAAAAUGAGGCGGAUAAGCAAAAGAUAAGGCAUAAAACUUUUUGUACAACAUCGUCUCAAACUGAUUUCGCAGAGCUUACGGAUAUAAAUAGUUCUGUUUUAACAUCAGCAAUGUUUGAGUAUGUUUGUGACGUUAUAAAAGCAGCUAGGCGUCUAUUAUAUUCCGUAACUAUUAAGAAUUGUAAUUAUUUACAAUUUGGGGAGAUUAUCGAUGGGUUGUCCAUACCUAAACAAAAUAAUAUAGGAUUUAACGAUUUUGAAAAUAUCUUAGAAUCCUGGAAGAAUUUUAUGAAUAAACCUGAAAAUGCGUCAUUUCGAAUUGAUCAAAAUUAUAUUAACGAAGCAUUAGAGAAAAAACAUUUAGAUAAUGAAAGGCACCUUGAAGAAAAAAAUAAAGCCUGGCAGUAUGAAUCAAAUAAAGAGCCAAAAGAUUGUGAAGUUCGUGGAAAAUCUGAUCUAAACCAUGAUCUUGACAAGGAUCCAAAUCAUCCCUUUGAGCCCCAAAGAAAUAAUCAAAGCAAGAAUGAAUACGCUUGUUCUCUAUUUCAACAAGAAAUUUGUCAUCAAAAUGAAAAUUACUGUGAUGAUUGUAAUUCCGACAAGAAAACUACAAGAAAGCAAGAGCAAGACAGCAAAACUUCAAACGCAUCGAGGUCAAAUAAGAAAUCAUCAAAUCAUUCUGUCGAACAAAAUAAAAAAUUAUGGGAUGAUAUCAAUGGCCCGAAAGAAAGGCACAAUAACGGUAACAUUUCAAGGUCACAGUCGGAUUCCGCAAUUUCCUUACAAUCAAAUCAAAAUGCACAUAAAAAAGAUUUAGCUAGAGCCUUUUUAUCAAGACUUGAAAAGAUUUGCCAAACGGAUGAAAGGGACGAUCCAUUUUUCCGUUCUUCUCCAGGCAUUAUUCAGAUAUCUACACAAGAGCCUUCUACAGAUAGAGAAAAAGCUUUCAAAUCUACAGGCGAUCUCCCUCAAAGACCAAAAUCAAGGAAAUCAAGGGAAUCUGAAGAGUCGUCAGAUCGAGAAACUGAACACAAGGGAAAAGAAUCGUUUUCUCUUCUGGAUCCUCGACGAUAUCCCAUUGAGAAAAAAAGGGAAAAGCUCAAAAAUUUAUUUUAUAAAAUACCUGAUGACAAUAAAGCAAAAGAUAAACAUGGAGGAAUUAGCUUUAGAAAAGAAGUUUGCAAAAUCUACUGGAGAUGUUCCUAA